CAAUGUGUGGAUGAUACAGGUGUUGUGCAGUGGCAACCUGAUCUGAGGCAAAGUAAAGUGCACAAAGCUACAAGCUGUGCUGCUACCCUGGGGGUCUGAUGGACACAGGGAAGCACGUGCUGUUGAUAAAGAGUUGUCUCUGCGCGAAAUCAGGAAGUGAGCAGGGUAGAAACUUGUACUCCCACGUGACCUUCUAUCCCUAGGCGGUUUCUGCUGACAUCUACUGGCUUAGGGAUGCAGAGAUUUUAUGCACAAACUAUCAAUAGUUACAGCCUAAGAGACGGUAUUUUCACUAGUGAUUUUGUUUGCUGGGAGCAGUUAUUCCGUAUAGCCCUUGUGAUGUGACAUCAGCCAGGCAGCAGUUCUUCCACUGAGAAUCUUCCACAGCUCUUUCAACAAAUCCUAGCUGUGAGUGCUGAGAAGAGAUGGGAACUGUUGUGUGAGGUCCAUCAGCUGCUUCAUCCCUGGAGCAGAGGUUGUUUAAUAUAGUUGAGAAAGACACUCCCUGUGCUCUUGAAUGCAGCACACAGGAUCACCAUUCUUUGCACUUGGUAUGUGUUCUGUGAGCCUGACUGGAGCUAGGAGUGUCAUCUCAGAAAUCCUUGCUUUUACAGUGUUUAGACUUGAAUGAGUUAAGGCAAUCCCUAAAGGAAGAUUUUUGGAGUUGAUUCCUCAGGGUGAAUGACAUGGGUUGCUGGCAGGGUCUUCAAUCGUUAGGAAGGAGUUCUUUCAUGUACCUCUGUAAAGAAGGUAAUGCUUAACCAGAAAUGCUUGGGAUUGAUGUAAGUAUUUGCAUAUGGUCACUGUUGUGAGGGUGUGAGUGCACAAAGUGAUGUCUGUUACUAGCAAAGAAGGAAGAUUGUCUUUUUCUCUGUGGUCUUUGUCAGCCUUUUAGGAAGGGAAUGAGGUGUAGGCUGCAAAAUAAACUAAGGAAGGCUGGUAUCUGGUAGAAGUCCUGAAUCUUCUAGUGGUGUAGAACUCUUCUGGUUCUUCAGGGACAAGACUGGAAAAUUGUGGCUGGAAUAAAUAGCAUGUCUUUCUCUAUGCAAGAAUAUUUAUCUGCUUGCAUGGAUGUAUCUGUGCCAAGGGCCUUCCAGAUGUGGAGUCUCUGGCUUUUGCUUGGAGCCCAUUUUCUUCUGACUCUGUCAUAAUCCAAUGACAAACUGCAUGUGUUUUCUAAGGAGACACACAUCAGAAAUGCAAACUGUUGCUCAUGAAGCAAUGCUUUAUGCUCUGUUUGUCCAUGCUGCAGAGUAUAAAUGCUGUGCUGCCCUGGGGCUGUUGCAGUGAACUGGUACAUGUGCAUGCAGAUGCUCUUGACUGGGUCUCAGCUGCAGAAGAGGACACUGAUAGCAGCUACAGCUGGAGCUAGCUUACCUGGAACUCAUGGCAUUGUGCUUGAAGAAUCUAGAAGAGAGAAAAGAGCAAGAAGCUGGCAACAGAAGGAACAUAGUGCAGGCUGUAAAUGAUGUGAAGGCACAUGCUGACAGGAUCAAAAGGCAGCUGUCAGAAAAAGUGACAGAACUUCAGUUACUUCUUCGGGAAGAAGAGAGUUUGGCAAAAAACUUCAUUGAUGAAAAGACUCAGCAAGCCCUGGGAGCACAUGAUCAGCAGUUGGAGUCCUGUCAAGAACAGCUUGCAGCCCUAGAGACCCUCACACUUCAAAUCAGACAAAUACAACAGGACACUGAUCCUAUUCGUUUGCUGGAGAACUACACAGCAAUUGAGAAGGAAAUUAAGGAAUCCAGCCACUUGUCAGAAGAGUGGCAUCCAAUACCUCUCUCGUUUGAACACUUACUUAACCAUUAUAAACACUUCAUCAAAGUUAUUCAGUCCAUUCUGGAGAAACCAUUGGAAGCCCGGCUUAAAGAAGAUGUUUUCAGUAGCCUGAAUCCCACUGCAAAGAAGGAGCCUGGGACAGUGCUAAAAACCAUGACUCCUGUUGAUCGGCUGCUUUUCUUAAAACAUGCAAGAUCACCGACCUGGGAAUAUGACAGCAUUCACCCGAGACUGAAAUUGUCUGAUGACCGUCUUGAAGUAAGCUGUAGCUGGAGGAGAAUAUUUUACCCCUGUGGUCCCCAGAGGUUCGAUCAAUUAUGGCAAGUGCUAAGCAGAGACGCAUUCCUUUCUGGGAGCCAUUACUGGGAAGUUGACCUGCUUCAUGCUGGAGCAGGAUGGUGGAUUGGUGCAGCCUACCCUACCAUUGGCAGGAAAGGAGAUUCUGAAGCCUGUCGACUUGGCUGGAACAGAGCAUCUUGGUGCCUUAAGAAGUUUGAUUUUGAAUACUGGGCAUUUCACAAGGGAGAGAGAAUCCCCAUCCUGAUAGAGGAUGAUCCUGAUUGCAUUGGCAUUUUUCUAGAUUACGAAGCAGGAAUCCUUUCCUUCUACAAUGUUAGUGAUGGCAUGUCUCAUUUGCACACGUUCCGCUGCAAGUUCACAGAACCAGUUUAUCCAGCCCUGAGACUCUGGGAAGGGUCCAUUAGAACAUGCAAACUAACAUAAGAAAAAAAGCAAAAUAAAGCCUACUCUUUCAUGCUUUUUCUGUGAAUGCCACUUCAGCAAUUAUCUACACGAAUUCAUCUCUGUUGUAUCAAAGUUGUAAUUAUGAUGCUUUUAGUAAGUAAAAGAAGUUCAAGAAAACCAACUGUGACUUUUAAUGUGUAUGUAUUUUUCAAUAAGGAAAGGUGAUCUUGCUUUUAUAAAUGAUGUUGAUGUACCACUGGAAGUGCCACGUCCUAUUUUUGUAGUUCUUUCAACUUGUAAGAAUAAGUUCAAGAAAACCAACUGUAAUUUUCAAUGUAUAUGUAUUUUUGAAUGGGGGGAGGUGAUCUGACUUUUAUAAAUGGCAUUGAUGUACCACCCAAAGUGCUCUGUGUAAUACUUUUCAACUUGCAAAAUGGAAGAAGUCCGGUUGAAAGAUAUUACAACUUACUGGAACUUGGAUAUUGACUUUUAAAAAAGAUUUUUUUUAAUGAACUUCCUUCCCUCAUCGGCCUGUAGAGGCUGCAAUUGUGUAUGGCAACAGGUUUAGUUUGGUUCAAGCCUCCAAGAUUAUAUAUUGCAUAUUGUUAUCAUCGACAAGAUCAGAUUUGGAUAAUAAAUGCACUAAGUGAAUUAGCUCA